GUUUCUUCAUUUUUGGGUUUCGAAUCAAAGACCUUUUGUAUCACAUUUUCGUGAUACAGGCAACCAAAGUCACACCAAUUUUUAAUUUCUUUUUGUAAAGUUGCAAGCCUGGUAAUUAUUCCGUAACGCAGCCGCAGCCAAUGUCAUUUGUCGAAGCACCGCCGUUGUCGCGUCACAUGACCUGGUUUUGUUCCCGUGACCAAAAUUGACGGAAAAUUCAAAAAUUUGCAAGAUUUGUGGUGGAUUCCACUGUCAAAUGGACCUAUUGGACCCGUUAGAAUCAAAGUAUGCUGAACCUAAUGAUGUAAAAAUGAUGAACCACACAUUGACCAUGGAUGAACAUAGUGUGGGCAGUGAUGAUGAUCCAAGGGUGGAUCAUUUAUCUCCUCAAACCUUAUUGGAAACACCACAAGAAGAUGUACAAUACUCAUUUAGAACAGCAGAUGGUACUGUAACUUAUGGAGUAUUAAAAGUUGAAGAAGAAGUUCCAACAAUAUCAGGAUUGUCUUAUACAAAUGCAGGAGUACAGCAGGUCCUUGCAGGCAAUGGUCAACUCUAUGUAAUAGGAAAUCCAAAUGAAGUUUUUGUUAGCAGUCAAACUAGUUCAGCUGGUAGAGUGAUUGCCCCCCGUUCAGGUAUCAUGGAUAACGUUAAUAAUGUUUCAAAAGUGAAAAAGAUGGAUGAAAGGAGAAGGGCAACGCACAAUGAGGUUGAACGCAGGAGGCGAGACAAAAUAAACAAUUGGAUUACAAAGCUGUCUAAAAUAAUACCAGAAAAUACGUCGUCUGACAUGGUGAAGGGCAACGGACAUUACGAUGGCCAAUCGAAGGGCGGUAUUUUAGCAAAGGCUUGUGAUUACAUUAUCGAUCUUCGAGAGAAGUUCGAGAUAUGCGCGAAAGAGAAUAAGCGACUGAGUGAAAAUGUAGAAUCACUGAAAUCCAAAAACGUGGAACUGGAUAGAGAAAACAAAGCGCUGAGGGAAGUCUUGCGAGGAAACGGCAUUGACGUCGAAAUUUCAUAGCGCUCAAAUAACAAUUUUUUGUUUUGUUAAUUCGGGAAUAACAAUUUUGAUUUAUGUGCAAGUUAUAAACA